AUGAAAAUUUGUGUCUAUGAAGAAGUUGAUAACGCUGUUCUUAAAUGGAUGACUUGUAUACGAAAUAACAAUCUGCCUAUAUCAGGUUCGUUAAUCAAAGAAAAAGCAAUUUAUUUUGCUUAGAAAUUUGGUUUUAUCGAUUUUCGUGCAAGCUCUGGACGGAAAUUAUUGAAACCGAUAUUGAAAUACUAGAUGUACAACGAGAAUGGAGGUUAGUCCACUGCGAUGGCGUUACCUUACAAGAUUAUUUGAAAAUUGAUGAAGAUAUCGCCGUAUAUGAAUCACCUACUAAAGAAAAUAUUGUAGAAGAGGUUAGAAAAAAAGAAAAACCUGAUGAAUUUGAAGAAGAAGACGACGAAGAGGAACAUUUAGUAGAACAAUCCAAACUUACAGAAGAAGACAUAUUAAACGCUUUAUCAGUGGUAAGAAAUGGUUUUAGACAAGAAGCAAAUGUUCCCGAAGAAAUUUUUUAA